UCUUUAUGAAGUAGGAGAAACUGCUCCACGAAACAUCUGUCACGUCACAUACUUAUUCUCUUGGAAACAUAGGCUAAGAAAUAAAAGCUACAACGUUGGAGAAGUUGGCAACAACUCCUCUGUCUCCCUUGCUUCUACCACACGUCCUCCGUGCUCUGCUCUCGUCUCUUCUUUAUAAAAGACUUGCCUGCCCGUCAAGCUCUUCAAGUCACAAGCUUCAAGUCUCUUCUCUAAGCACAUUGAGCCUUCUCUUAUCCGGUAGCGGAAAAAGGAUGAAGAGCGGCGACUCAACCGCCAUUGAUGUUCCCGACCCAGCUGCCGGCGGCGGUGCUGCUGCAAAAGGGAAAGCAGUACCGGUUGUGGCAGCUCCGCUGCCGUGGCCCGGAGGAUGGAAGAAAGGGGUGGCCAUAUUUGACUUCAUACUGAGGUUGUGCGCAAUUGUGACUGCACUGGCCGCCGCCGCUACCAUGGGAACAAGUGACCAGACUCUUCCCUUCUUCACUCAGUUCUUCCAGUUCCAAGCUAGCUACGACGACCUCCCGACUUUUCAGUUCUUCGUGAUCGCAAUGGCAAUAGUCGGGGGCUACCUAGUCCUCUCGCUUCCCUUCUCCAUCGUAUGCAUCGUCCGACCCCACGCGAUCGGCCUCAGAUUUCUCCUACUAAUUUUGGACACUAUGGCGCUUACCCUGACCACAGCAGCCGGGGCCGCGGCCGCAGCCAUAGUGUACUUGGCCCACAAUGGCAAUCCGAACACGAAUUGGCUCGCCAUCUGCCAGCAGUUUGGCGACUUCUGCCAGAAAGCGAGCGGGGCUGUGGUGGCGUCGAUGAUCACGGCCCUCGUCUUCGUGGUGCUGGUGCUUGCCUCCGCCAUGGCUCUUCGCAGGGUCUGAGACGAUCCAAGCUGACCGGUGGACAUGGGAGGAGUAUGCAGGCAUUUUCGUUACGUGUGUCUCAUGAUGUUGUUGGUGUGUGUGUAGUGGUGCCUUUGCUUUACAUGAAGUUAUUCCGACAAGGGGGUCAUA